AUGUCAAAACAUUUCGGAAAGCAAUUAAUCGUGAUCGCUUUGGCGAUUCAGCUCAGUAAACUCUACGCAGCUGCCGACAUACCGAAUUGUGCAUUUCGAGACACCGUUAGUCUGGUAAAUAUACGAUCAAAUGCAGAUGGUUCAUACACAUAUCAGGGCUUACGCAUACCUCAAAACAUGACAGCCACCUACAGUUAUGAGGAACUCUCCGAUGGCACAUUUGUUACCGCAACACCGCACAUAAGGGGCUGUGCCUGCAAGCUGAAGCAAUGCAUACAACUCUGUUGCUUACCCAACGAGCUGUUGGACAAUACGACGAAAAAAUGCGCUCCCAGGAAUGCCGUUGAUUACCCCAGAAUAAGCACUUAUAGGUCAGAUUUUACAGAAAAACAAAAUGUCGACGUGUUUGAGGAUUUCAUACCGCAACAGCGCAUGCCUUGUGAGGAGUUCAAAAUUCUCAACUCAGCACUGGACAUAGAAUUCAAUAUUCUUUUUGAGAACGGCACUAUUUUUUACGCGAUUAAAGAAAAAUAUAUAGCACAUCGUGAUUUUUGUUUAACACCCUUUUGGUACAACGAAACAUGGAACUUGAAUCCCGUCGAAUGUUUUAAGAAAAUCCCAAUGACGACUUAUUUGUAUAUGACACUAUUUACUAUAUCGGUGCCGUUCAUCUUGGUCACAAUUUGUGUGUAUUUAUAUGUGCCUCAACUACGCUGCCUGCACAAUAGCUGUCUCGUCUGUUUCCUUGGCACUUUCGCGCUCGGCAUUCUAAUUUUGUCGUCGGUUUUGUGGAUCAGGUACAAUUGGGAGGUCUGUCAAGCAAUGGGUGUCUUGUGCUAUUUCUUCAUGAUAUCUGCUUUCUUUUGGCUGAAUAUUACUUGUUUCGACUUAUGGUUGAAUAUACGUGGCAUCAGAUAUGAGCUGCAAUCGAGCAGUCCGCGUUUACGUUUCGCUUACUAUUCGAUUUAUGUGUGGUCAUCGGCAGUGAUUUUUACAGUUAUCGCUUUAACUAUUGAACAUACGGAUGUAAGCGACGCUUGGAAGCCAGGUUUUGGCAAUGGUCAAUGUUUCAUAAAAUCAAGAGAUUGGUCAGCACUGCUAUAUUUUCAAGGUCCAAGCGGUUUGCUGAAUUUAUUUAAUGUUUUCUUCUUCACAAUGAGUGUCAUAAAUUUGUAUCAAAUCAAGGAAGACUCGUAUGAGCUCAAGAAAGAGACGAGUCAGCAAUACAAGCUUUCAACAUUUCUACGCUUAUUCCUGGUAAUGGGUGUUUCAUGGAUUCUAGAGUUCUUUACCUACUUAUUUGCACACAAUAAUUCGUUUAUCAUCGUAAUAAUCAAUACGUUGAAUGCCUCACAGGGCAUAAUAUUAUUUGUUGUACUUGUGCUGAAGCGGAGAGUAUUGAUUUUGCUCAAGAAUCAGUGGAAUAAAAGCACUUGAUGAGGAGACCCUUAGAGCAAAAACCCGCUUCAGUUAUAUGCAAAAUGCAGAAGCAGUUUUUUAAUUUGGUAACGGUAUAUGUUCGACAAUUGAUUACCACUUAAUUUCAUACUAAUUAUGAGUAUAUCAAUUGAGUGACGAAUUGCGGUUACGCUUAGCAAAUUAAAGCAUCAAAGAUUAAAAGAUUUCUUAAAACAAAGCAAAUAUGCAAUGAAAUUUUAAGAAUAUGUUAAAGAUUUUACUUAAGUUUUAAGAAUUUCUUUAAACUAUAUACAAGGUCUGUCGCAAAAGAAACAGGACUGUUAAAAAAAAAAUUAAUAUAUUUCAACAGUUAUAAUUUUUUAUUCAAAGUAGUUUCCUUGUGCUUCGAUGUAGUGUUUAGCCCGGUCAAUUUGCAUUUCAAAUGAGUGUUUAAGGUCAUUUUUCGGAAUGCUCUUGAGAAUAUCGGUCGUCGCCUUUUGGAUAGCUGAAACUUAUAGUUUUCCAAAUAGGUAAAAAUCACAGGGUGCCAGAUCAGGUGAGUAGGGUGAGUGAUUAAUGGUUAAUAUGGAAUUUUUUGGCAAAAAAUUAGUGACAAGCGUCGACCGAUGACACGGCGCAUUAUCGUGCAACAGGCGCCAGGACCCUGCCUCACGGUAUUGUGGUCGAGCACGACGAAUGCGUGACAAAAGAUACUUCAUAACACCAAGGUAAAACACAGCAAUAAUCGUUUGGCCAGGUGGGACGAACUCUCGAUAUACAAUACCCUCGGAAUCGUAAAAACAAAUCAGCAUUGUCUUUACUUUUUACUUCUGAAGACGCCUUUUUUUCGGUGACUUCUGAUCGUCACAGGGUCCUCACGACCUUCUUGGAAUCGCUUAAACCACUCAUGCACAUUACUACGGGAUAGGCACUGAUCACCAUAAACUUUUUUCAUCAUUUGAAAUGUUUCAGUAAACGUUUUCCCAAGUUUAAAACAAAAUUUAAUAUUUGCUCUUUGUUCAAAAUGCAUUUUACGACCGAUGACCAAAAGCUGCUGUCACUUUUUAAUCGAUAACAUCGACUUUAAAUUUUUUACGAAAUGUCAACAAGAGAUCAAACUUUUUAUUUCAAAUACCCACUAAUAGGUGGCGCCACCAGAAACAGUUAUAUUUAAAAAGUUCUGUUUCUUUUGCGACAGACCUUGUACAUAUUUGUGGGUAUCAACUAAUCUACGCUUACCCUUCUUGUGUUCAAAAGUGCUAUGUAUAAAAAUGUCGAAUUUUUUAUUAUUUUUAAGUCAUUUGUAGGGAAAAGUAGUUGAUAUUUUAAUUAAAAAAAAUGGACUGUAAUAUUUUUAUAAUUUUUUUUUAAGACUAUUACCGAACUUUGGAGAAUUAUAGAUUACGUCUCGGAUUUUUAAGAUAUACUUUGACUGACAAAAUUUGUAAAGGCCCACGGAACUGCAUUUAAUGACUUUAAUAAUUGUUAUUAAUUAUAAAAAUAUGUACACUCGUGCUUGUGUCCGCAAUAUUCAAGCCAGUUGUGGUUUUUCGCAGAACUUGAUAAAAUAUGUUUAAGUCUAAAUGUAAACGAUAAACUGCAACAAAUAAACAUUCAU